AGGAGCGGCUUGUUUAUUGUACGGCCAUCGCUCAACAAGCUUUGGAGGAAGUUCACUUUCUUUUGGCCAAGAUUGGAAAAUUAUAGCCCUAGCUGAACGAACCAAAACGUAGCCAUACGAUCUAAAAAAGCAGCGAUUUCCCUUCUACCACCAGGGAAUCGCAAAAUUACUUCCCAGUGUCAAAAUGGAAGCUAUGGAAGCAAGGAGGGCAGCAGUAGGUCCCCCUUCUGGAGCUGCUAGUGGUACAACGACUCCAAAUCCAGACCCGUUUCAUCGAAAGUCGGUCCGAAAACCGCCGAAGGGUCCUCAGAAGAAGCAACAAGGCUCGUCAAAGUUUCGGACUAAAGUCAAUCAAGACAUACAGCCGCUGUCGUUACUUAAAGAUUCGGCGCCUGCGGAGCAACAGGAAUUGUUCAUAAAGAAACUGCAGCAAUGUUCGAUAGUUUUCGAUUUUAUGGAUCCAGUAGCCGAAUUAAGAGGGAAAGAAGUUAAGAGAGGCACUCUCAAUGAACUAGUAGACUAUAUAACAUCAGGAAGAGGAAUCUURCAAGAGGUGGUCUACCCUGAAGUUGUCAAAAUGGUUGCCAUCAACAUUUUUCGAACUCUUCCUCCAUCUGAUAAUCCUGACUUUGAUCCUGAAGAAGAUGAUCCAACACUAGAAGCCUCAUGGCCUCAYCUCCAGUUGGUGUAUGAAUUUUUCCUGAGGUUUCUUGAAUCGCCUGAGUUUCAGCCCAGCAUUGCAAAGAAAUUCAUUGACCAGAAGUUUGUUCUCCAGCUUCUUGAGUUGUUUGACAGUGAAGAUCCUCGUGAGCGAGACUUUCUUAAAACUGUUCUGCAUAGGAUAUAUGGAAAGUUUCUUGGACUCAGAGCAUACAUUAGAAAACAAAUUAAUCACAUUUUCCUAAAAUUCAUAUUUGAAACUGAGCAUUUCAAUGGAGUGGGAGAGCUACUAGAAAUCCUAGGAAGCAUUAUAAAUGGUUUUGCCCUUCCCUUAAAAGCUGAGCAUAAGAUGUUCUUACAAAAAGUCCUCAUUCCUUUACAUAAAGUCAAGUGUUUAGGCCUUUAUCAUGCCCAGCUUGCAUAUUGUAUUGUACAGUUCUUGGAGAAAGAUGCCUCACUCACAGAACAGGUUGUUCUAGGUUUGUUGAAAUUUUGGCCCAAGACAAGUAGUCAAAAAGAGGUUAUGUUCUUAGGAGAAAUAGAAGAAAUCUUGGAUGUUAUAGAUCCACAACAGUUUGUUAAAAUUCAAGAACCACUAUUUCGACAGAUAGCUAGAUGUGUGUCCAGCCCUCAUUUCCAGGUUGCUGAGCGUGCUUUGUACUAUUGGAAUAAUGAGUACAUCAUGAGUUUAAUUGAGGAAAACUCUAAUGUUAUUCUACCUAUAAUGUUCUCCAGUUUAUAUCGGAUUUCAAAAGACCAUUGGAACCAGACUAUUGUAGCAUUAGUGUAUAAUGUCCUUAAAACGUUUAUGGAGAUGAAUGGAAAGCUGUUUGAUGAACUUACAUCUUCAUAUAAAGCUGAUAGACAAAAAGAAAAGAAGAAAGAAAAAGAAAGAGAAGAACUAUGGAAGAAGCUGGAUAAGCUYGAGUUGGAAAAAAGGAAAAUACUUGGCUUUCCUSYGUCKGGAUCACUGAAGGCAGAAAAUGAUUUGACAGGAAAAUCGACUUCAAACUCAACAGAUACCAAGUCAAAUCCAGCACCAAAUGCAGGAACAAAGAACCCUAAAAGUUGAAAGUGACUUGAAAAUAGUAUAUGURCCACAGUCGUUUGAUUGUGCCCAUCAGCUCUUUAGGACAAUCAGUAUUUCUCACUUUUUAAUUACGUUUCAGUACAAGAAGACUGUGGUGCAACUAUAGGAGAUAUGAUAAUGCAGUACUCCAUCCAGAUAGUUAAGAAAUCACCAAGGUCUUUAUUAGAUAUGUCUGUCUGUAUCCUGGCAGACUUGUUUAUUACCCGACAUCACCAAAAUAUAAGAAUUCACAUCAAAACCAUGAUUGUUUUCUUGCAAUGAAGUUACAUGUACAAAACAACCACAAUAAACGUCAAAACUAUGUACUUGUUUUAAAUCCUGUUUUUUUUUAUGUUGAACACAAUCCUUUGAUGUCAAAUUAACAUUAUUACUGAGAGACUAUAUUGAAGACUCAAUAAAUAUAUGCRAGUGUUUGGUGAGUUUCUUAAAAUAUUCUGGAUAAUAUAAUAUUUACUUAAUGUAUGAUUAUCUUUACACUCUAUGUCAUGGUCUUCUUUCAUGCUGGGAAACUUGAUACAAAUACUUCAUGUAAUCGCUAUUUCAGUCAUUUUAAUACCUACACUUAGAUUUGGUCUUUGGCCAUUCAMACUUUUGCUGAUUUUUUAUUUUAAUUUACUUGAUUGUCAAACAUGCUGCAUGUCUGUGUUAAGGGGAUAAUAAGCUAAGCAUCCUUGCAGUAUUUCUUUUGUAMAUAUUCAGCACCAGAGCCUGGAAUUAAAGUGAUUUUGUAUUGCCUGUAAAAAAAAGACCACGCAGUUGGUAUAAAAUCAUACAUUUAUAAGUCUUCCCAUGACAAUUCAACUUGCUCAUAGAAGAUAUAAAAUCACUGAAGACUGUUGUCACAUACCAAAAACAAURCCCAUCUAGCUUAUUUAUGCAGUAAGAAUAAUUGGAUAACACUUUUUGUUCUAAUAAAAUAGAAAUGUGCWAUGCAUG